AUGACGCGAGAAAGUCUCCCGCUUGUUUUUGCUGCAGGUGCAGUCUCUGCUGCCAUUGCCACAGUUUUCGCAUACCGAUGGAAACUCAACUCCUCUGAAACAGAGUGCGUAGAAAUGGUGUUUUUGCUUUCUGCCAUGAAAUUAAUUAUCAAUUUGCCACAAUGGCUCGUUUCAUUGUACAAUACCAACAAGGACAGAGAAUUCUCUACCGAUGAUGAAAUGAUUUCCAUGGCCGUGGCAAUAGCCUCUCAAAAUGUGUCGGAAGGUUCGGGUGGCCCCUUUGGGUGUGCCAUUUUUGAACGCGACAUUCAAACUGGCAAGGCAACGAUAUUCUCAGUAGGAGCCAACCGUGUGGUCCCAUUGACCAAUUCCACAUUACAUGCGGAAAUGAUUGCCAUUCAAUUUGCACAAAAGAAACUCAAAAACUUUUCCAUGAAGGGAGCCAAAGAGGGGAAGGAGUAUGUGUUGUGCACUAGUUGCGAACCUUGUUGCAUGUGUCUGGGAGGAACCAUGUGGUCUGGUGUUUCCGAGUUGAUUUGCUCUGCUGCCAAGGAUGAUGCCGAAAAGAUUGGUUUUAUUGAGGGUCCAGUCUUUCCCGAAUCAUACAAACAGUUGGAAGAAAUGGGCAUGAAGGUCAAGAGAGAAGUCAAGCGAAAGGAAGGGGCAGCUGUUCUAGAAAAGUAUGGUCAAACGGGUGUCAUUUACAAUGGCUAG